AUGGACACAAAGACGCAAGGAGUCCACAAAGACGCAAGGAGUCCACAAAGACGCAAGGAGUCCACAAAGACGCAAGGAGUCCACAAAGACGCAAGGAGUCCACAAAGACGCAAGGAGUCCACAAAGACGCAAGGAGUCCACAAAGACGCAAGGAGUCCACAAAGACGCAAGGAGUCCACAAAGACGCAAGGAGUCCACAAAGACGCAAGAAGUCCACAAAGACGCAAGAAGUCCACAAAGACGCAAGAAGUCCACAAAGACGCAAGAAGUCCACAAAGACGCAAGAAGUCCACAAAGACGCAAGAAGUCCACAAAGACGCAAGAAGUCCACAAAGACGCAAGAAGUCCACAAAGACGCAAGAAGUCCACAAAGACGCAAGAAGUCCACAAAGACGCAAGAAGUCCACAAAGACGCAAGAAGUCCACAAAGACGCAAGAAGUCCACAAAGACGCAAGAAGUCCACAAAGACGCAAGAAGUCCACAAAGACGCAAGAAGUCCACAAAGACGCAAGAAGUCCACAAAGACGCAAGAAGUCCACAAAGACGCAAGAAGUCCACAAAGACGCAAGAAGUCCACAAAGACGCAAGAAGUCCACAAAGACGCAAGAAGUCCACAAAGACGCAAGAAGUCCACAAAGACGCAAGAAGUCCACAAAGACGCAAGAAGUCCACAAAGACGCAAGAAGUCCACAAAGACGCAAGAAGUCCACAAAGACGCAAGAAGUCCACAAAGACGCAAGAAGUCCACAAAGACGCAAGAAGUCCACAAAGACGCAAGAAGUCCACAAAGACGCAAGAAGUCCACAAAGACGCAAGAAGUCCACAAAGACGCAAGAAGUCCACAAAGACGCAAGAAGUCCACAAAGACGCAAGAAGUCCACAAAGACGCAAGAAGUCCACAAAGACGCAAGAAGUCCACAAAGACGCAAGAAGUCCACAAAGACGCAAGAAGUCCACAAAGACGCAAGAAGUCCACAAAGACGCAAGAAGUCCACAAAGACGCAAGAAGUCCACAAAGACGCAAGAAGUCCACAAAGACGCAAGAAGUCCACAAAGACGCAAGAAGUCCACAAAGACGCAAGAAGUCCACAAAGACGCAAGAAGUCCACAAAGACGCAAGAAGUCCACAAAGACGCAAGAAGUCCACAAAGACGCAAGAAGUCCACAAAGACGCAAGAAGUCCACAAAGACGCAAGAAGUCCACAAAGACGCAAGAAGUCCACAAAGACGCAAGAAGUCCACAAAGACGCAAGAAGUCCACAAAGACGCAAGAAGUCCACAAAGACGCAAGAAGUCCACAAAGACGCAAGAAGUCCACAAAGACGCAAGAAGUCCACAAAGACGCAAGGAGUCCACAAAGACGCAAGGAGUCCACAAAGACGCAAGGAGUCCACAAAGACGCAAGGAGUCCACAAAGACGCAAGGAGUCCACAAAGACGCAAGGAGUCCACAAAGACGCAAGGAGUCCACAAAGACGCAAGGAGUCCACAAAGACGCAAGGAGUCCACAAAGACGCAAGGAGUCCACAAAGACGCAAGGAGUCCACAAAGACGCAAGGAGUCCACAAAGACGCAAGGAGUCCACAAAGACGCAAGGAGUCCACAAAGACGCAAGGAGUCCACAAAGACGCAAGGAGUCCACAAAGACGCAAGGAGUCCACAAAGACGCAAGGAGUCCACAAAGACGCAAGGAGUCCACAAAGACGCAAGGAGUCCACAAAGACGCAAGGAGUCCACAAAGACGCAAGGAGUCCACAAAGACGCAAGGAGUCCACAAAGACGCAAGGAGUCCACAAAGACGCAAGGAGUCCACAAAGACGCAAGGAGUCCACAAAGACGCAAGGAGUCCACAAAGACGCAAGGAGUCCACAAAGACGCAAGGAGUCCACAAAGACGCAAGGAGUCCACAAAGACGCAAGAAGUCCACAAAGACGCAAGAAGUCCACAAAGACGCAAGAAGUCCACAAAGACGCAAGAAGUCCACAAAGACGCAAGAAGUCCACAAAGACGCAAGAAGUCCACAAAGACGCAAGAAGUCCACAAAGACGCAAGAAGUCCACAAAGACGCAAGAAGUCCACAAAGACGCAAGAAGUCCACAAAGACUGUACAAGGCGACACGUAUUGUGGAUGCUGCACCCCACUGGUGCGUCCUCCUCCUUACUCUUCCUCCUCACAAUACCUGGGUCGACUGGGUGACGAGCCACGUAUCUCCUCCUCCAUUCCAGACGCGGCCAGCUGGGUCGCGCUCGAGGCUCUGCCCGCAGCGUGUGACAGCCGCAGUCGCAGUGCGGUGUUCUGCCGCACGUGAAGUCAGCGCCAGCGUCACUCGUGCGCGGCCGGCACUCCCGUCGCAGCACUCGUCGUUUGGCGGCCCCCGAGCGUCCAGUGGGCGAGGCUGCGGCCUCGUGGCCGCCCACAGAAGGGGAGGCUGGGGCAGACCUACAGCGGAGAAGGGCCGGACUCGCCGCAGCCACUGUGUGUGUCUCGGCCUCCGCUCCCUGGCUGCGACUGACGCGAGGCCGCGGAGGCCCCGUAGUAACCCGGCUGCUGGCGGCUCUCAGCUGCAGUGUUCGCAGCGCCGAUGCACCGGCUUCUCAGUGCCAACUGGACUAUCAGUAUUUCCACAAUGUAAUGCGACAUCGUAA